CAUUGCCGUUCGUUCGUUGUUAUCUUCAUUCAUUACAGAUAACUAUAAUUUAUUCAUUACAAGGUGGACCCUCCAACAUAAACACCAAUCCAAGUUGUUAUGUUCGUGUUAUGAUUUUUCUAUCCAUUUACCUUUCUCUGUCAAGAUCUGUUUUUUUUUAAUCUUUUUAUCUCUUUCAAUUCACAAGAGACGCGUGCUCGUUCAUUAAUUUCUCCUAUUGACAAGUUUUAUUUGUCUGCACUUAGACAUUGGUUGGAAUGUUCCUCUAAUUCAACAGAGAUCUGAAGGAAUUUUUUGUGUACAGCAGGAUGCAUUGUUAAGAAAUGGGGAAGAAGGGGGGUUGGUUUUCUGCUUUCAAGAAAGCUCUCAGCCCUAAGAAAAAAUCAAAGAGACAAGAGAAGAAUCUAGAUCCUGUUGUUCCUUCAUUUGAUGAAACUGCAUUAGCUGCUCCUCCCCCUCCCCCUCCGCCCCCGCCGCCUUCAUUACCUACUUCACUACAUUCUGCUCCUCCUCCUCCGCCUCCGCCUCCAGCACUACCUCUUCAUUCUCUUCGUCCUGUAGAAAAUGUAAAAUUGUCUGAAGCUGAGAAUGAGCAGAGCAAGCAUGCGUACUCUGUGGCGCUUGCCACUGCUGUGGCUGCCGAAGCAGCUGUUGCUUCCGCCCAGGCUGCAGCUGAAGUUGUUCGGCUUACUACUACAGCACGCUAUUCUGGAAGAUCAAGAGAGGAAGCAGCGGCUAUUAAAAUCCAAACGGCAUUUAGAGGAUACUUGGCUAGGAGGGCAUUGCGAGCAUUAAGAGGGUUAGUGAGAUUGAAGACUUUGAUACAAGGCCAAUCUGUCAAACGGCAAGCAACUAACACCUUACGCGCAAUGCAAACCCUUGCUCGUGUGCAAUCUCAGAUUCGUGCAAGGAGGAUCAGAAUGUCAGAGGAGAAUCAGGCCCUUCAGCGCCAAUUCCAACAAAAACGUGAGAAAGAGCUGGAGAAGUUGAGAACUUCCAUUGGCGAACAAUGGGAUGAUAGCCCACAAUCAAAGGAGCAACUUGAAGCAAGCAUUUUGCAGAAGCAAGAAGCUGCAAUGAGACGAGAAAAGGCACUGGCUUAUGCAUAUUCUCAUCAGCAAUCAUGGAAGAACUCGUUCAAAUCAGCAAAUUCAACAUUUAUGGAUCCAAACAAUCCUCAUUGGGGUUGGAGUUGGUUAGAAAGAUGGAUGGCUGCCCGACCUUGGGAGAGCAGGAGUACGGUAGACAAUACUGACCGUGCUUCUGUUAAAAGCACAAUGAGCCGCUCCAUGUCUAUUGGGGAAAUCAGCAAAGCUUAUUCUCGACGUGAUCUCAACCAUGAUAACAAGCCUUCACCUGGUACCCAAAAGUCUAGUCGACCUCCCAGUCGUCAAUCCCCUUCAACUCCGACUUCCAAAGCGCCUUCGACAUCAUCAGUCACGGGAAAAAGGAAGCCACCAAGCCCGAGAGGGAGUGCUUUGGGCGGGGAUGAUGACUCAAGGAGCAUGUUUAGUGUCCAAUCUGAGCAUUAUCGGAGGCAUAGCAUAGCAGGGUCUUCCGUUCGAGAUGACGAGAGCCUCACUAGCUCAGCAUCAGUACCGAGUUUUAUGGCACCCACACAGUCAGCAAAGGCGAAAUCCCGCUUAGCAAGCCCAUUAGGGGUAGAUAAGAACGGGACACCAGAGAAAGCAUUGAUAAUCUCUGCAAAGAAGCGACUGUCAUUCUCCGGUUCACCAGCUGGACUGAGGAGGCAUUCCGGUCCUCCUAGGGUCGACUCGAGCGUUGUGAACAACGUCGAAUUACACUCAGAAGAGAAAGUCAUAAAUGGAGAAAGCAGCAGGUAGCACAGGUGAAUGACACAAAAGAAAUUUGAUUUAUAGGUAUUAGUAGCGAGAGAAGAAGAUUUCCAAAGAACAAAUAAACACUACGAGUUUAAUUACCUUUUUCAUUUAUUCAGCUAAACAAAAUGCCAUUGUUAAUGAUUUGUUAAGUAUUAUGUAGUAGGGAGCUUGCUUGAGGAUGAUAAGCAUGUGAUUUUUUUUUAGUUGUAGUGUUUUUUUUCUGUCCACUUUGGCUUUUUCUACUGUUUUUACACAUUGCUGAAGUUGUGAAAAAACAUUGGUGUAGUGUGUUGAUAAAGAUUUGCCAAUUAGUACUUACAUUUAUUUGAUGAAUGAGGUUCAUUUCUUCUGUUA